UCGUUGAACGGCCGCCUGUCUGUGUAACUCAAGCCGAAAAAACGGAGAACAAGCUUUCCAGACUACACCCGGGAAUCAACUGGAAACAUGUUCGCUGUAAUAACACUUCUGUUUGUGGCUGUUACUGAGAGCAAUGCGUGCGGCGAACAAAGGUGUGGUGUCCGUGGGCCCAGUUACUACUCUCAGCACCAGAGGAUCGUUGGUGGCGAACAAGCCGGGCGGCUCGAGUUUCCCUGGCAGAUAUCGUUACGCCGCGUGAUACCAGUGGUCAACCAGGAUCGGGGACACGCCUGCGGAGGUUCCAUCAUCAACAGCCGCUACGUCCUCACAGCUGCACACUGCGUCACAGGGUUGCUCACGUUUCCGUCAGACUUCACCGUCGUAGUGGGAGAGGAAGACAUCACCAAGAAGGACGACACCGAUGAAGCCAUCCAAGUGCGAAAGAUCAUCAAGCACCCGCAGUGGGACAAAGACACGAUGGAGAAUGACUACGCUCUUCUAGAGCUGAAAACUCCCCUGGACUUUGAAGGGUGGCACAAGCAUUUGAUGCCCAUCUGCCUGCCCGAGAAGGACCAGGACUUUGUGGGACAGAACUGCACCAUCAGCGGGUGGGGACUCACCAAGGACAGAUCGGAAGGAGGGAAGGUGCCGGCCAAAUUGCAGAAGGUGGACGUGCCUGUGCUGAAGCAUUCCACUUGCAUUGAGUUCUACAAGGACUUUCAUGAUCUCGAGGUUAAGGAAGAGACCAUGAUCUGCGCUGGAUACGAAGAAGGAGGCCGCUCCGCGUGCCAGGGUGACUCCGGGGGACCGCUGCAGUGUGCUCGAGCGGAUGGUCGCUACGUGCUCGCCGGUGCCACUUCCUGGGGACUCAAGUGUGCCGCCCCCAGAAAACCGGGCGUCUACGCGCGGAUUGCCACGCGCGUUGACUGGAUACGAAGCGUAGUCGGAGAGACGCCCUGAUGCCUUCAAUAAAGCUACCCUGACUUGCA